CAAGAUGGCAGCAUCUGCAAGUCCUGCCUCUGUCACAUCUCCACAGGAGGCUGGACCAGCAAACAUCAUCAAGAUGUUUACGACAUACACUAACAUUCUUACAGAAGCCUCUGUUCCUGAAGAUAAAAAAUUGAAGGCUGCACAAGAAAUCAGUGAAAACUUUGAGACAAUUGUCCAGUCUACAAGUUAUACAGCAUUCUUGGAGCAUUCAAUACCAAGAUUUGUACAGUAUCUUAGAGAAGGAGAGCCACAUUUUGUUACUGAAGUUCCUACACAGCAACUGAGAAAACUUUUACUUGAGAUUCUGCAUCGUAUACCUACCAAUGAACAUCUUAGACCUCAUUUCCAGUCCAUAUUGUCUUUGAUGUUUCAUCUACUGGAGAUUGAAAAUGAAGAGAAUGUAUUGGUGUGUUUGAGGAUCAUUAUUGAGCUCCACAAACAGUUCAGACCACCUUUACAAUCUGAGAUACAACACUUUCUACAGUUUGUGAAGACAAUUUACAAAGAUCUACCAACAAAUGUGAAACAAUUUUUUGAUGUAGUUCCUAUAUCAGCUACCGGCUUUUUACCAGAGGGGAAUGCUACAACUGCAACUACCACUACCACCCCUGGGAUCAACAGUGGAGCUGCCUCCACCACCUCCCCCCUGAACAGUGGGGAUGCGGGGGGUGGUAAAAGUGGACAACAGACAUUAAUUCCAAAGGCAGUGAAUUCACUCAAAGUACUGGCUGAGUUACCCAUCAUUGUUGUGCUCAUGUACCAGUUAUACAAACAGAAUGUCCACAGUGUUGUAGCAGACUUCAUCCCAUUGAUCAUGAAUACCAUUAUUCUACAACCCUCUCUUACAGCAAGAAAAUCUCCCACAUUCAACAAGGAGGUGUAUGUUGAUUUUGUAGCAGCGCAAAUCAAAACACUGUCAUUUUUGGCAUACAUCAUCAGAAUUUAUCAAGAUAUGGUGAACACAUAUUCACAGAACAUGGUAGGAGGAAUGCUGGGUCUGCUGCGCUAUUGCCCACAGGAAGUUGCUCACCUCAGAAAAGAACUACUGAUUGCUGCAAGACAUAUUCUGGCCACAGAUCUUCGAAAAAGGUUUGUACCUCACAUUGAUCAACUAUUUGAUGAGGAAGUCCUGAUUGGUAAAGGUUGGACCACUAAAGAGUCAUUGCGUCCAUUGGCAUACAGUACCCUGGCUGAUUUGGUUCACCAUGUUCGUACUCACCUUCCAUUACCUCACCUGUCACUGGCAGUUCAUAUGUUCUCCAAGAAUGUACAUGAUGACUCACUCCCUGUCAGCAUUCAAACCAUGUCAUGCAAGCUUCUUUUGAACCUUGUGGAGGGAAUCAAGCAGAAAAGUGAUGAUCAAGGAACUGGACGUGAAAUUCUUAUGAGGAUGCUUGAAGUAUUUGUCAGAAAAUUCCAAUCAAUUGCUAAGCAUCACGUUCCAGCUAUCUUCAAGAGAUGCCCUCAAAUGAGUGAAGUCCAAGCACAGCAGCAGUCUUCAUCACAAUCAACGUCAGUUAUACCAUCUGUAACAACAAGCACAGCUGCUGAUCGCAGCUCAGUGUCCAGCAUAACUUCAACUUCCACUGCUUCAAGUUCCUCCUCAGCAGCAGUUGAAACCCAGUCUUCAGACAAACAGGAUCAAGAUGUGACAAAGAAAAUGGCUGGUGCUUCAGCUGUGGGUCCCAGUCCCCCAAAUGCCUUCUCUGUCCCUGACUGUCGCAGUAUGGUGAAGACUCUUGUGUGUGGAGUUAAGACAAUCACAUGGGGUGCAGGUUCCCGCAAGGUAAUGGGAGCUGCAAAUGAUAUCAAUGCUCCUGCAUCAGCUCAGGCCAAUAAAACAUUCCUUCCAUGGGAGACACAUCUAUUCACAAGACUUCUGAAAUAUGCCCUUCAGGCUUUAGAUAUUUAUCAAGUGUCUAUCAGUCCUAAUGGACAGUAUUAUCUCAGGCCUCCAAGUUCUCAGCAAGUGAGAAUGAAAGAAGAAAAGGAAAUCUUGGAACACUUUGCAGGAGUUUUUACUAUGAUGAAUACAUCUACCUUCAAGGAGGUCUUCACUGCAAGUAUCAAGUAUCUGGUGGAGAGAAUACACACAAAUUAUGCUCUGCAGAUCAUCCCAAACUCCUUUCUGGCCAAUCCCAACACCUCAGCCACUUUUGCUACAAUCCUUGUACGGUUCCUCCUGGACAGACUGGAUGAAAUGGGAACAAACAUGGAGCGCUCUAACUUAUAUCUGAAGUUGUUCAAGUUGGUGUUUGGUUCAGUUUCUUUGUUUGCAUCUGAAAAUGAACAGAUGUUGAAGCCUCACUUGCAUGAGAUUGUGAACCGAUCCAUGCAACUUGCCUGCACCUCUAAGGAGCCAUACAAUUAUUUCCUGUUGCUGAGAGCACUGUUCAGAUCCAUAGGAGGAGGAAGUCAUGACUUGCUGUAUCAGGAGUUUUUGCCUCUCUUACCAAAUCUUCUACAAGGUUUGAACAACCUUCAGAGUGGAAUCCAUCGUCAAUACAUGAAAGAUCUGUUUGUGGAGCUGUGCCUCACAGUACCUGUCAGACUGAGCUCACUUCUUCCCUACCUACCCAUGCUCAUGGAUCCUUUGGUGUCUGCUCUGAAUGGGUCCCAGACCCUUGUCAGUCAGGGCCUGAGAACUUUGGAGCUGUGUGUUGACAAUCUUCAACCAGAUUUUCUGUACGACCAUAUUCAGCCAGUGAGGGCUGAGCUUUUUCAGGCUCUAUGGAAAACACUGCGAAAUCCACAUGACAGCAUUGCUCAUGUUGCCUUCAGGGUUUUGGGUAAAUUUGGUGGCGGUAAUCGGAGAAUGUUGAAGGAACCCCAAAAGCUAAAAUAUAACAACGCUGAAACAAAGGGGCCAUGUCUAUCAAUAUUUUACCCAGAAAAUACUAAUCCUGUUUCACUUCCCGUGACAGCUGUAAUCGAAAGAGCAUUAACAGUACUCAAGACCCUUCCUCCCAACAUGGCGGCGCUUCCUCAGCAGUCACCAAUGCAGAUUGAUCACACUGUAUUCUACAGGAAGCAGGCUUGGUUGGUUGUACAGUCUUUUCUUAUAGCCAUAAUGUCUCUUGAAGACACUGAAGCGAUAUUUCAACAAGUCUUGCAACACAAGAGCUUUAGAACUGAAAAACCUCCCAUUUGUAACAAGACAGCUGUACCACCCUGUCCGGAUGAACCAUCGAAGAAAGUGUUUGAGCAAGCUAUCACUGGUGCAUUGUUAUCUGGAACAAUAAAAGAAUUAAAGUCAGAGGCAGUUCCUUUUGUGUCGCAAAUUGUGCGACAUUACACCAUUGUGGGUGUGGUCCAACAAGCCGGACCGUGUCCGAUCAAGACUCAGGCAAGGAAUCGCCGAGGAAUUGACGUACAUGCCAUGGUUGAUGCUAUAGCAGCAGUAAUGUCGAUGGAGGAUAAGGAAUUUUACAAAGUGGGUGAAUUGGCUGUGGCUGUCAUGAUUGAAACUGCAAGCGCAAUAACAGGAGAUCCAUACAAGGCUGCAAGGCUACCUUUGUUUGAAUACCUUUCUGAAAAACUAUGUGGAUGUUGUUACGAGAGGGCGUGGUUUGCAAAGAAUGGAGGUUGCACGGCCAUCAACUUCCUAAUGCAGAAAAUGCCUGUUCAAUGGAUCAUUGAGCAUCAACUGAACUUCAUUAACGCAUUGUGUUUUGUAAUGAUGGACCUCACAAACGAGGUGUCAGCUGGUACUGUUGACAGAGCUAAACAGACGUUAGAGGCUCUUCUUAAACAGUGUAAUGCCCCUAAGGCUGGAGAGGAUAAAAAUAUUGCUGCAGUGAGGGAAAAGGUCCUGCCUUCAGUCACUCAACAUCUUGUAAAGGAAAUUGUUUCACCAAACCAAACCAUUCGGCAGCAGGCUCAACAUUCUGUUUCUGUGCUUGCCGAGAUUUACAAAACAACCGUUCACAAUAUCAUGCUUCCCCACAAAGGAAUUCUGGAAGACAUGAUUCCACCAAAGAAACAUCUUCUGCGUCAUCAGCCAGUCAACACUCAGAUUGCAUUAAUGGAUGGUAACACGUUUUGUACGACGCUGAAUCCUCGUUUGUUCACCAUGGACUUAAGCAUUAUAGAACAUAAGAUAUUCUUUCAAGAGCUUCUUUCUCUGUGUGAAGCAGACGACACACAACUUUCCAAACUACCUUGUUAUAAGGCAGUCCAGUCCCUGACUCCUCUUAGGAAAAGUGCUCUGAAUGCCCUAACCGCUUGCCAUUACAUCGUUCAAGCGAAGGAUAAAAUCUUCACUGUGUUGUACAAGGCGUUGAACUCUCCUGUGACAGAAAUACAAGAAGCUGCUAAGGAUUCUAUGAAGAAGUUCAUGGCAGGAACUCAAGUAGACAUGGAGCAGGUCCAUAUGAGCAUAAGACCUCUGUUACUCAAGUUAGGAGACUACAGGAGUUUAAACUUACAGCUUAUACAGCGAUUAUCUCAUUUGAUGGAGCUCUUUCCAGCCAGUUUUAACGAGAAACUCUGUGAGCAGCUUUUGUCUCACUUAAGAAAGUGGAUUGAUGUCGUCACAACUGGUACUACGCAGGCGCAGCAAGCGGCUGGAAAAACAAACCACACUCCUGAAGAUUUUGCUCAAGAAUUGAAAAUCUGUGCUUCGAUAAUCAACAUGUUCUACUUAAUUCCUGCUGCGUCAUCGAAGCUGAUUGAACAUCUCGUUACCUUGGUUCUGAAGGCAGAAAAAGCUCUUCUGAUGGAGAUUGGAAGCCCGUUGAGAAAGCCACUGUUGAAGUUCUUGGUUCGCUAUCCUAUCCAGACCGUGGAUUAUUUCUUGUUGCAACUUGCAGGAUCCCAAAUGAACCGUCUGUUGAUGUACAUCCUUAGCCAAGAUAUCUCCAAACCUUUGAGACAGACUUUAGAGGCACACUCCUUAAAACUAGUUAACAGUACUUUCAGUAUUCCUCAGCCCUCAGAGGAUCAAGUUUCAGCUCUUCAGAACAAGAUGGAGUUACAAAACCAAGGCAUUAAGAUCAUCAGGUUGAUGGUGAAGUUUAACGAUUCAUGGCUUCCAGAACACCCUGUUUUGAUUGGCCAUUUACGAGGAAUAUGGGUAUCUAGUGGUUUUCAGGACAGGCUCAAAAAGGAUGGAACACCAAUUCAUCGCUGGAGAGAACCAAAGCUGUUAGCAAAAUGUUUAUUGAACUACAUCAAGCAUAAACCAUCGGAGGUGGAAUUACUCUUCCAGUUACUUCGUGUGUUCACCAUUCGUCAUGUUCCUGACUUCCAUUUUCUGAGAAAAUUUCUAGAUGAAACAGUGGCCAAGGGUUACACGGUGGAACAAAAGAGAAUUGUUUUCUUCAAAUUUGUGGAACUGUUUCAUGAUCAGAAUUUUCCUCAGGAACUUAAAGCCAAGGCCUUGCAGUAUGUGUUGAUUCCCAUGUUUCAAGUGUCGUUUGAGCGGGGGGAGGGUGACGGUCUGAUAGGUGGACCCCCCAGCCCUGAACAAGACAGCAAUGAAAAUGUUAUCAGCGUGUUUGUGUGUAAAGUUGUGGAUCCUGAUAACCCCUUUGGAACAUCUGAUGCAGUUCGUAUUUUGUUGCUACAGUUCUCAGCGUUGCUGGUAGAGCACGCCUCACAACACAUACAUGACGCAGCAAACAAGCGGCAAGGUAUUAAAUUACGUCGUUUGAUGACAUUUGCUUGGCCCUGUCUUUUGCCAAAACAGUGUGUGGACCCAUCCACAAAGUACCAUGGUCAUUUACUACUGGCCCACAUCAUUGCCAAGUUUGCUAUCCACAAGAGAAUCGUCUUACAGGUUUUUCACAGCUUGUUGAAAGCUCAUGCAGUCGAGGCUCGCGGUGUUGUGAGACAGGCUUUGGACAUUUUGACGCCUGCCAUGCCAGCAAGAAUGGAAGAUGGAAACGCGAUGCUGACUCACUGGACGAAGAAAAUUAUCGUGGAAGAAGGUCACACUGUGGCCCAGUUGGUUCACAUGCUGACAUUAUUGGUUCGUCAUUAUCGGGUGUACUAUCCUGUAAGAAUCCAUCUGAUUCAACACAUGGUUAGCGCUAUGCAGAGGCUAGGAUUUACCACCAGUGCGUCUAUUGAACAUCGUAAACUUGCUGUGGAUCUGGCAGAAGUGAUCUUAAAAUGGGAAUUGCAACGAAUUAAAGAUGACCAGGAACAAACGACAACUUCAGAGCAGACGACGGAAUCUUCUAGUUCAUACACUACAACAGCUUCACAGGUGGGAGGUGUUAAGCGACCUUCUGAAGAUACUCCCAGUCAAGAAACAAAAAGAACGAGAUCCAUGUCCCAGAGCACGGCCUCAAGGGUAGCAGUUCAGGAGAGUCAAAUCAAAUCUCCACUGGAGAAGCACCACGCUGAUGCUGUUGUCAACUUCCUUCUUAGGAUAGCUUGUCAGGUGAAUGAACCAUCGACUACUAUGGGAUCCCCUGGUGAAACUCUUUCCCGCCGAUGUGUAGUCCUCCUGAAAACUGCAUUGAAACCAGAUGUGUGGCCAGGUACUGAUCUGCGGGUUGGAUGGCUGGACAAAAUCUUAGUUACUGUGGAUCAAACGCCGGCCGCCAAUUAUGCUAACGUGUGCACAGCUAUUGAGAUAUUGACUUAUCUACUGUCAGUCUUGCCGCAGCAAACCAUCCUGACUCUGUUUAAACCUCUUCAAAGAGGAAUUGCUACCUGUAUGACUUGCCAGAACACAAAGGUUAUACGUGCCAUUCAUACUCUUCUCGCCAGAUUGAUGACGUUGUUCCCCUUGGAAUCAAGUGCAGCAACUUCAAAAUAUGAUGAAUUAGAAACCUUGUACGGAAACGUCGGCAAAGUAAUAUUUGACGGCCUCACAAACUACGAGAGGUCGGCCAAUGGAGCAACAUCUAUUUUCUACGGACCUUUGAUGAUGUUGAAAGCAGCUUGUAUGAACAAUCCUUCAUACAUUGAUCGGUUGAUGACUCAGUUUUUCAAAGCAUUGCAGCGAAUGCACAAGGAUCAUAUUAAUGCUGUGCUCGGAGAAAGCACAGGUGCAAGUGAUAUGUUGAUUCUGUGUCUGGAGUUGAUCCGUGGCCGACUCGGAGUUAUGAGCGCCGAGAUUAGAAAACUGUUCUUUAUCAUCCUCACGACACUGAUUGAAAAAUCACCCGAUUCAAAACUUCUUCGCGCCAUCACGAAGUUUGUAGAAGACUGGAUAAAGACCAAAAUGACGCAAAUGACGAUUCAGCGGUUGCCCACUCUAAGAGAGAAGUCCUUGCUACUGGUGCGGAUGAUGGCUAAUUACGAGAAGAGAUUCCCUGAGGAUUUUGAACUCCAAGCGCAGUUUUUAGAGCUUGUUAAUUACGUCUAUAGAGAUGAGACUUUAGUUAGCACCGAACUGGCUUCAAAACUUGAGCCUGCAUUCCUGUCAGGAUUGCGGUGUAUCCAACCACAGAUCCGGUCAAGAUUUAUGGAGGUUUUUGAUAAAACCAUGAAGAAGAAGCUGUAUGAUCGACUGCUUUAUGUCUUCUGUUCUCAGAACUGGGAAGCAAUGGGUCAUCACUUCUGGAUUAAACAAUGUAUCGAGCUUCUCCUAGCUGUGUCUGCAUGCGAAAGGCCUGUAACACCCUCCAGUACAUUCAGCAUGCUUCCUUCUGUGACAUCGUUCCUUCGGUCUGCUGACAACCAAUCAGGUAAAGAAAUUCUUGCACAUGUUCAGCGACAGAAGACCGCUGUCCCUGAGGAUAGUAAAGAAGAAAAAAUGGAAACAGACAGCAGCGCUGCUUCAGAAAACAAGAAGGAGAAAGAUGACUCUCGUUAUCUCUUUGAGAUCGAUGAUUCCGAGCAACUUCUCAGCGCUUUGGACAAAGGUUCUCCCGUCAGUCGAACAAAGGAGAGAGACGCUGUCAAGUUACUGGCUGAAAAACACGGAAAAUUCAUGGACAAGCUGCGUGAGGUCAAGACCGCAUCGUUCCUGGGACCCAUGGCUCAGUUGUGCCACAAGUACUCCAACCUGGCACAUACUGUGUGGAUAGAUCUGUUCCCACAGCUGUGGAAUCUGCUGACUGAGAAACAACAACAAGUUCUAGCGGGUGAGAUCAGUCCGUUUAUGUGUAGUGGAAGUCAUCAGGCCCAAGUGGAUACAUUUCCCAGUUCAGUUCACACCAUACUGGAAGGUGUCUCUAAGUGUAACCCAGCUGUUCCCAUUCGACCCUGUAUACUCAAGUAUCUUGGUAAAACGCACAACUCGUGGCAUCGUUCAGGACUUAUGUUGGAGGACUAUGCCAGUUUGUGUGAAGAAUAUUCCAAUCAUCAGAUAACACAUCAACAACAACAAGUCAUUGAUUUUUCGCCGUUUGAAGAAGACCCGUCAGAGAUUAACCAACAUGAAACUCUUGACGCUUUAGCGGAGAUGUACUCAUUACUAAAUGAAGAAGACAUGUGGGCUGGUCUGUGGCAGCAGCGCUGUCGGUAUCCUGAGACAGCCACUGCUAUCGCGUAUGAGACCCAGGGCUUCUAUGAACAGGCACAGUCUGCUUACGAAGUGGUGAUGAGCAAGGCCCGUGAGGAACAUAACCGCGGCCCAGCUAAUCCGCAACUAACAUCAGAGUACAAUCUGUGGGAGGAGCACUGGGUCAGUUGUUCUAAAGAGCUCGGUCAAUGGGAUUUGCUGAUGGAGUUCGGAAAGACUAAGGGCCACACUAAUCCUUUCCUGGUUCUAGAGAGUGCAUGGAGAGUCCCUGAGUGGCAAUCAAUGAAAGAAGCUCUUGCACAGGUUGAAGUCAACUUCCCGGAAUCAAUCGCGUACAAGUUGAACUUAUAUCGAGGUUACAUAGCUAUUUGCCAUCCGGAUGAACAACACCUUAACAUGGUCGACAAACUUGUAGAGCAUUCCACAACUCAAGCAAUUCGCCAAUGGAGGCGCUUACCUCCGAUUAUUUCACAGCAACACAUUCCACUCCUACAGGCGGCGCAACAAAUUAUGGAGCUUCAAGAAGCUGCUCAGAUUCACACGGGUCUACAACCGCCGAAUGUUGGACGAUCGACUAGUCUACAUGAUAUGAAGGCUAUUGUGAAAACAUGGCGUAAUCGCCUCCCCAUGCCGUCGGACAAUUUAUCUCACUGGAGUGACAUCUUUAUGUGGAGACAUCAUCACUAUCAGGCAAUUGUAGCAGCUUAUGAAAGUCAAGCGCAACAUGAACAGCAGAGUAACCACUCCAUGCUUGGUGUUCACGCCUCCGCUUGGGCCAUCAUUCAUUAUGGUUACAUAGCCAGGAAACAAGGCCUCACUGGAGUGUGUUUGGACUCGCUCAGCAGGAUUCACACUAUUCCCAGUGUUCCUAUCGUGGAUUGUUUCCAGAAGAUUAGACAGCAGGUGAAGUGUUAUCUGCAGAUGGCUGGCGGAAUGGGAAAACAAGAGUUGCAAGAGGGCCUUGAGGUCAUCGAGUCUACAAAUCUGAAAUACUUUUCCAAGGAAAUGACUGCAGAGUUCUUUGCUCUCAAAGGAAUGUUCCUCGCUUACAUUGGAAGGUCUGAAGAUGCUAACAAAGCUUUCUCGCAAGCGGUUCAGAUGCAGGACUCGCUUGUGAAAGCCUGGGCACUAUGGGGUGACUACCUUGAUGGUCUUUUUGUUCUAGAGAGGAACAUACAGCUUGGUGUAUCCGCCAUUGUUUGUUAUCUUCACGCCUGCAGACACCAAAACGAGGCCAAGUGUCGCAAGUAUUUGGCGCGAACAAUUUGGUUGAUGACGUAUGAUGACGAAAAGGGCUCGAUCGCUGAAGCAGUUGACAAAUAUUGUGUCGGUGUCCCCCCGGUUCACUGGCUUCCCUGGAUUCCCCAGCUGCUCACGUGUUUGGUUCGACGUGAAGGUCAAAAGAUAUUAAACCUUCUGUGUAAUAUUGGUCGAGUUUAUCCUCAGGCCAUGUACUUUCCAAUUAGAACCUUGUAUCUUACCUGCAAGAUUGAGCAACGGGAGAGACAUAAAAUGGAGGCAGCGAACAUAACAACCCAGCGGUCUUCUACUUCAGGCAGCAACAGUACCGCCUCCUCAGAAUCACAAAACGCGUCUUCAGCUACCCCUAAAACCAGUGCAACCGGUUCAGAAACAGGACAGACUGGUACCACAGCCUCGUCAACGAGUAAAAGUGCUGGUUCAACGCCAACAAGCGCUGCACCAGAAAAUGCGGCAAGUUCAACAGCCACACCGACAACACCAUCAACACCCACCCCGAUGCCUACAACAACUACCUCUGAACAGGCUACAGCUUCGACUGCAGGCUCAGCGACCACUUCUACAACUGCUGGCUCCACGACACCAACUACAGCUUCAACACCAACUAGCAGUCAUAGUGACCCAGGGGCGAUAAGAGCCACGGCCCAGAUGUGGCGCUGUAGUAAGAUAAUGCACUUUUUGAGGGAUCUACAUCCAACUCUCCUCUCAGCCCUCGAAGGAGUAGUAGAUCAGAUGGUUUGGUUCCGUGAAGGUUGGCCUGAGGAGGUACUAAGGCAGCUGCGCCAGGGACUCAUAAAGUGUUAUCAAGUCGCGUUUGAAACAAGAAGCGAUGUUGCAGCUGCCCGAAUCACACCACACACACUGAGCUUUGUGAAGAAAUUAGUCAGCACAUUCGGAAUCGGAUUUGAAUCGGCCUCGAGUGUAUCAAGCACUUUUUCAUCAGCUGCAUCUGAGUCCUUGGCGAGAAGGGCCCAAGCCACGGCUCAAGAUCCAGUAUUUCAGAGGCUGAAGGAACAGUUCGCUGUUGAUUUCGACUUCACUCAACCAGGGUCCAUGGUUCUUCACACUUUGAUCGGUAAACUGAAGAAAUGGAUCAAGACUCUGGAAGAAAGAGCAAAACUUCUCCCAAGCUCUUUUCUUUUGGAGGAGAGAUGUCGAUUCCUCAGUAAUUUCACGACCUCUACAGCAGAAGUGGAGCUUCCUGGCGAGUUUUUGAUGCCCAAGCUCAACACGCAUAGUCCAUACUAUAUUAGGAUCGCUCGCUUUAUGCCGCGGGUUGAGCUCGUUCAAAAGCACAACUUUUCUGCUCGGCGCCUUUACAUCCGGGGUAAUAAUGGCAAGAUCUAUCCAUACCUGGUAGUGAACGAUGCGUGCAUGACGGAAUCGAGAAGGGAAGAGAGAAUUCUUCAACUGUUGAGGCUCCUAAAUCUUUAUUUAGAGAAGAGAAAGGAGUCCUGCAAAAGACACCUGUUAUUUACGGUACCACGUGUUGUAGCUGUAUCACCUCAAAUGCGACUCAUUGAGGACAAUCCGUCUUUCAUUUCUUUAAGGGAGAUCCUAACUGACCGUUGUGACAAGAAACACGUGGAGUCUGACGCACCAAUCGCGUUGUAUUACGAGCGCCUCGCUUCUGUCCAGUCACGUGGCUGUCAGGUGACUCACCAGGUUCUAAAGGACAUUCUCAGAGAGGUGCAGCUCACACUGGUGCCAGAAGUCCUUCUCAAAGAAUGGGCCCAGUACACGUAUCAGGAUCCCUCUGAUUACUGGACCUUCAGGAAACAGCUUUGCAUUCAACUCGCUCUCUCUGGUUUUGCUGAGUUCACUCUGCAUCUUACAAGACUGGGACCAGAAAUGCUUCAAAUUGCGCAGGACUCGGGCCGACUAACUGUCUCUUACAGCCGCUUUGAGCUGGACGACACAAAAGGCGAACUGGACGCGAACCGUCCCGUACCUUUCCGACUAACUCCGAACAUUGCCGAGUUCGUUACGCCGGUCGGUGUGAAUGGAGUGAUGACGGCAGCGAUGGUGUCAGCGGCGCGGUGUUUAGCUGAGCCUCAUUUCAGUGUUCAGAGUAUCUUGAAAGCUGUGUUGCGAGACGAGAUUAUUGCUUGGCAUAAAAAGGAACAAGACGAGGCCCACACCUUUCCCCUGAGUAACCCACCGACUGAUAUGGACAGCGAGCUGUUAAUUACAUUAGUGAACGCAGCUGUAAAGGCCAUUACCACCAGACUACAGAACUUGGCACAAUACGAGGGAGGGGAGACUAAGGUGACAACUCUGAUAGCAGCGGCCACUAGCCCUGAUAAUUUAUGCCGCAUGGAUCCAGCAUGGCACCCGUGGCUCUAGAACACUUUAUCCUUCUAGUCCAUGGCGAAAAAGGAAAAAGGCAUAUACGGUUGUGAUUUCAGUUUAUCAGGAGUAAUAUUCACGAACAUUUCCUCCGAAUUUUCUUGUUUCUCUGAACACCUCGGAGAUGUUUUGUCCUUAUUAACAGUAACCAUUUGGUUUCAAGGCAUUUUCUGGUCAAAAUGCUCACUUAGUUUUCACGUCAUUGUUUCUUCAAAUACUUCGCUUUCCACAUUAGAUUUGUGUCUGAGCAGCAAGGUUUGUAUUGAUCAUACAUAUUCAUUUUAGGUCGGUAAAAUUUAUAUAGUUAUGUUCAACUGCUCUGACUGAACAACUUAACACCCUUAACUACAUAGAGAUCUCAGGUAUUAACUUAAACAUGACAGUCAAAUUGUCCAAGAACUAACAUGUAAUCACGCAAAAGUUGUGCAAAAGUUGUGAAGAAGACUAAUUAUUAGUAGCUUAUCUCAGGUUAGGCUCUUGCAAAUCAUGUAGAAGCAGUAUUGUAAUUUAUUUUCUCUUGUGUUUUUAUUUCAUUCAUUUAAAAAAAGCGUUAAGAAAGUCAAUGUAAGUGCACAUGUAUGUGUAUAAAUACUUCAAUAAAUUAGUGACUUUGUAUUUAA